ACCCUUAUCACCCUCUCAUUCACGCCCACGCCUUUACCACCUACCCAACGCUGCUUCUCUUUUUAGUUUUUUUCCCCCUUAACCCUAAUUUUAUUUUCCCCCAUAAAUUAUAAUUUUUCUUCUUUUGUGUAUUGGGGAAAAAGAAAUUAAAAUCUUUCCUUCCUAUCUCUCUCUCCCACCCUUCAAUUCUUAUCUUCUCCUUUCUCUCUCUAGAAAGAAAACCAACCCAUGGAUCCGCAUCCGCUCCACAACCCUCUCCAGCAGUGGGUCCAACCUCCUCCGACCGCCGGCGCCACCGCAACCUACUCCACCGUCACCUUCUCGGACGCCGCCGGCCUGCAGCCGCACAACUAUGUUUCCCAGCACUCUUUCCCCAACUUCCCCCCACAAGCUGGACCAACACCAGUCCUUUUUGCUCCUUCCGCUGCUUCAGCUCCGACUCCGACCUCCACCGCCACCACUGUGCAAGGUCCGGCUGGAUUUCAGCCAAGCCGUCACCCUAACUACGCCGAGAUGAUUUACGCGGCGCUUACUGCGUUGAAAGAACGCGAUGGUUCUAGCAAGAGGGCGAUAACGAAGUUUCUCGAACAUGCUUACCCUGGGCAACUUCCACCGAACCACGCGGACCUGCUGGCUGACUGCUUGAAGGAAUUAAAAAGCAAAGGGAUGGUCGAAAUGGUGAAAAAAUCUUACAAGCUGCGCGGAUCUGGUUCCACCACCAACAUCAACGACCUCCCAGACCUUUCUCUCGAAUCUUCCGUUCAACCGCCGCCGCCUCCCCCGCCGACGCAGCAGUCAGCUGAAGGGCCGCUUUCUCCUUCUGUUGGGCCUAAAAGAGGCCGUGGCAGGCCUCCUAAGGCGAAGCCCACAACUACCCCACCGCUAUCUGCUGAAGCCGUUCUACCCAAUGGCCAGCCUGAACAACAUGUUUCUCAGCCGGUGGUUGAUUCUCUGCCUCCAGGGUUUUCUGCCAACGGCCAGCCGACGACGGGGCAUUACUCUUCCUCUGUGGAUGGUAAUGUUAAUAUGGAGGAGCAAGUUCAGGGGGCGACUCAACCUGUCACGGUUCCCAUUGGGGUGACAGAGGAGGAUGGUACUGCUACUGUGAAGAGAGGGCGGGGACGUCCUCCUAAGAACCCUCUGGGGGUUGAUGCUAGUGGGCUUGUGAUUGGGAAGAGGGGGAGAGGGAGGCCGCCGAAGAGCGCAUUGGGACUCAGUGCAAAGAAGAGAAGUCCAGGGAGGCCCAGGAAGCCGAAACCCAAGACCGUGGCAGCUGUGUCUGGAGCUAAUGGGUAUAAGAGGCGCCCUGGCCGCCCUCCUAAGAACCAGGCCAAUUCUGUUGCGGUUCCUUAUGCUAACCUUGAAGCAAUGCCGUUAGCUAGUGUGCCGAGGCCAAGGGGCCGACCGAGGAAGGGUACAGGCUCGAUUGCUGCCGGUGUUGGUGUGGGAAUGCUUCUUGAGAAGCAUGCUGGACCGAACGAUGGCAUCUCGGAGCCAAGAAGGAGUGGGAGGCCAGUUGGUCGCCCAAGGAAGUAUGCGGAUGAAUCAGGAGCUGAAUCUGAUGCACAAGGGGAAGAAGACUACAGGAGGAAACUCGUGUUCUUCCAAUCACAGGUGAAGAGAGUCGUUGGCGUGCUGAGGCCAAUGCUGAGUGGCGAAGCUCCCAAAAGAGUGGUCGAUGCCGUCGAAGAUCUGGAGGGACUUGCGAGCAUCGACAUUGAUCAGGAACUGAAGGAGGAGCUCGCGAAGUUUAACCUGCAUCUUCAUGAUGUGGAGGCCGAGGUUGGCGAGGUUUAGGAAAGAUGAGCAAAUGUAUUCUUUUGCAAUCUGAAAAAUGAAUGAAUGUGAUUAUCAUCAGUGAGUAGUCGAUCCAUCCGCAGAGGCUUUGUAAGGAGUUUCUAACCCCUCCCCAGGACAGGAACCAGAAAGUACAUCAUGUAGGGCUGUAGAUUUUAAGAGAGAGAGAGAGCGAGAGUUUAGGGUUGGUUAAGAACUAAUUGUUAUUUUCCCCUGUGCAAAAGUAUCAGAACAUUUGUAGUUUUUCUUCUCUUUUUUAAUUGAAGCUUGACAAUGUGGGGUUAAUUCUAUGUGAUGACUGUAAUCAGUGUAUGUUUACCCUCUUCUCCUGUGUACUGUUGUUUGCAUUCUUACUAUGUUACAUUAGGUAGUAGCAGAGGUAAUUAUUGGAAGGAAUGGCCUAAUCCCUCCUCCCGUUCCAAUGAUC